AUGGAAACUACUGAGCACUUGCUGUUUCUUUGUAAAUGGACAAAGCGAGUAUGGCAAGACCCGAUUUUUGAGCAGAUCAGGCCAAACAACAGCAUCAAUCGCACGGAUCAGUGGCUUCUAACAGCUUUCCGAAGAGAUCAGAACUUACCCGCUCGUGAACUCAUUAGUCUGAUCCUGUGGAACAUCUGGAAGGCGAGAAACAACCGGAUCUUCCGAGCAAAGGAACCCCAACCAGCAGAUCUGCUGUUAAUAGCAAAGGAACAACAGUACACGCUCAGCACGGGUAGAUCGACAAAAGGCGAGCGAGCUCUCAAUCAAAACUCACCCACGCACUGGAGGCCUCCGGAAGGGCAAAACCUGAAGUUGAAUGUAGAUGCGUCGUGGAGACCCGGAGACUUCCUCUGCUCUGUCGCCGGUAUCGCACGAGAUGCAGCUGGUAGGGUGCUCGACGGCUUCGCGGCAACAACUAGGGUUUCCUCGGCAGCUGAAGCGGAAACUCAAGCAAUUCUUCACGGGAUUUCGUUUCUGCACGAACUCAAGCCGAACCACGUGCGAGAUCUUGGAAGUCCAAGCGGAAGCUACUUCAUAGAAAGCGCGUUCUCGCUGCGGUAG